CCCAGCAAACCAUUACAACUUAGCCACAACUCUCAGGCUUGCGUCAAAAUUCAUAGUCUAACUUCAAGUGAUUUCGGGGCAGUUCUCGAUAAAAACUACAUCAAGACACACACAAAAAAGUUCUAAAACGAUAUUUUCCACAAGCAUCACAGUACACCCCAAAAAUAAAGGCGCUUCAACGUAUACCGAUUCGAUUACAGUAUGUCGGGAACCGCAGAGAAUGAGAACUCUGAUGAGGAGUAUUAUGUAGAUGAGUCCUUCGAGGAGGACUCGCAGUCGGAGGUUGAAGAGCAAGAGCAAGAGGAGGAAGUAGAAGAUGAGGACGUGGAAGAGGAGGAGUUUGAGGCGGAUGAGCAGGACGCAAAUGUCGUACUGGUCGAGGAGAGCGACACGCAGAGUGAGAGCGAUGUGGAGGCCGAAUUCCUGCGUGGCAACCCGCACGCCCGGCGCCAGCAAAUGGUGACCGGCCGCUCGACCGGUGGCUUCAACCGUGAUCGUAUGAUGGCCUACCCGAGCUCUUCGGAUGAUGAGGAGAGCCAGGUGGUCAUCACCAAGACUGUGGCCGAAGUCAAUCAGCUCAGUCUGUGUUUGGACACGCUCGUAGAUGAUGAGGCGCCCUCGGUGCGUACUCUCAUGCCGGGCAGUGCCCAUGCACAGACUGAGGAUGACGACGACGACGAUGAGGUCGAUGAAGUCGAAGAGGUCGAAGAGGUUGACGAAUUCGAAGAGGAGGAAGAACUUGAGGAGGACGAUGACGGAGCCCAGAGUGAUGGAACGAUGGCAUCGAAUCAUGGUCGCCAGUCCGACGAGGAGAGCGACGAGGAUGAAGCCACUGAUAUCGAAGUAGAACAACUCGAGGAGGACGAGCCAGUCUUUCCUGUUCCAAAGGAGAAAGCGCCGGUGCCGCAGGAGGAUCUCGUUUCACUGGUGGAUGCCAGUGAUAACAGCAGCGAGUAUAGUGUGACCACCAUUGGCAUGGCCGGUGCAGAAACAGAGGCCACCCUGGUGGAUGCUUCUCCAAGAUUACAAAAGCAGCCACCGAAGACUUGCAGCCAGACUGAGCCAGUUACAGUGAUGGAAUCCAAGAUUGAGAAAGAGGAGAAUAAAAAGGAGCCCGUUGGGGAUCCCCUAAAGUGCCUGGAUAACUUCAUAGACAGUAGCGAAUCCGACGUUGCCCAAGAGCCGGAUGAAGCUACCGUAAGGUAUCUUGAAAAGCAGAUGACCCAGAUGUCGGAGAUGAUCAUGAAUACAUUCCGGAUCAAUGGCGGAACCACCAAUAGCCAGGCGUUUGAGCAGCUGGCCAGGGCCACGGAGUUAAUGCAGCAAAAUUGCCGGAUUCGCGAGGAGAUGAGCGAGUCCGAGGUUACAUCAAUGACGGGAUCCGUACCGACUAGUGCUCGCAGCUGUGGCGGCGAAGAGUCCCCCAUAAGAAUGCGCUAUCAGCGCUCUCAGGAGGCACUAAUCACAACACGAUCGUCCAAAAUACCCAGGCCAAAGUGCAGAUGCCCAUCGGAAUCUGAACUCCGGGAGCAGGAACAGCAAAUGAGCCAAGGCAUGGGAAUGGGCGAAGAACUACUGGAUCCUGACAUGCAACUCGGUAUGGGAAUGAAGCAUGGCUAUCUCAUGGAUGAAUGUGGGCAGGGGGAUGGGCUGAUGCGGCAUCCGCCACAGGUCAGGCCGUCGGAGUUCAACAGGCGCGUAGCCAGUAGCACUCCGAGCAGCUUGACAAGUGACGGACGCCAGUAUCCCAUCGACGUGUCACGUUCCCGCUGCUCCAACGAGAAGGUUAAUUACAAAAACUUGGGCCGCAAGAGCUUCACCUUUACAAAUGUUCAGGUUCGUGAGAUCGAGCGGCAGAACCAAAUCCUACUCCGAAAAAUGAUGACUGUGAAGCCCACGGCCACUAUUAAGGCGAGUACUAGCUCCAUGAAGUUAAAUGCGAGUGCCCCCGAGCGUCAGCCCCCGCCACCGCCUCGUCUCACCAGCGCUGCUGUGAACCGAAAGAAGUACCAGCGUCAGAUCGAUCUGGAUAACGACGUGCUCAAGCGGAAGCUGGAGGCCAUUGGCACCAGGCGCCCGCAGUUUAAGUGACGCCUCCAACUGUGUUCAUUAUAUAUGUUUAAUGCGAAUUUACA